AUGCGCGCCGCUGCGCUCGGUCCACAGUUUCAAGCGAUUCACAACCUCGAUAGCCUUAAAUCAGGCUCUAAAAUUGGGGAAGAACAGUUCCUUGCACUUCGUGUGUACUGGGCUCCAGCCAAAACUGUGGGACAGAUAGAUCCCAAAUCCGACUAUGGCUUGUCGAUAAGCGAGGCGGCGUCAAACUUAGCCCAUGUGAACCAUUGGCGAUCUUAUUGCCACACUGUCGAGGGAGGGCUUGGAAAUGACCCGAAUUUCGGCAGGUUCGACCUGCUGUGGUCCUUUCAGAAGCAGGUACAGCAAAUAUAUAAACCUGUUAGAGAAUCUGACAAGAUUUCGUCCCCGGUCUCCUCGAGAACACGAAUGGGCAUAGCCUUAAGGCAGAAAACCGACCAACCUUCGUCUAGUAAAAACCCUUUUAGCGGCAUGGGACAUACAGCCAGCCCAGGACAAACUUUCAGACCAUCUUCUAAGUUUGACCAAUACCCCUUGCCACAUCCGUCCCAGGCACCCUCAACGCCAUCCAAAGGAAAGUCAGUUGCUCAUGGCGCCAGCACGCCCGAAACGCCUUUUUCUGUUAGCAUGGUACUAGAAAAUGAAUACGAUACACCUAGCUUUCCGCAGAGUAUGGAUAUCGACGACCUUUCUCCUGCGGCAACUAGUGAAGACUAUCAAUUCCCACCAGCUGACGACGAACAGACCGUGAAUACAGCUCUAAUUUUAGCCCUGAAUGCAGUUUGUCUCAGUCGACAAAGGUUGGUUGAUUUUCCAUGGUCUUUGGAACGCAAGGCUUUUAUCUUUAAGACCCCCUCAAAAAAGCUCUAUGAAGCUAGAACAGAUGGGCAUCUCAGAUUCAACAGAGACGGAAAGGACAUCUCCUUGGCCAUUCUUGAGGUCAAAGCAGGUAUACGAACAAAUACUUGGCCUCAGGCGCAAGAGAGCGCACAAAUGGCGGCUUGGAUACAUGCAGAGCCUGAUGCGGGGCCGCCAGAAAAUGGCAAGUAUAGGCGAUUGAUGAUCUCCCAGGACCGCCACGAAGUAUGGAUAAUCAUUGCAGAGUAUACACGAGACUAUGUGAAAUACUUAAGGGGAGAGAAAUACGACGACGACACAUUCAUGGCCAUGCGUGAAUUUGGACCGUUUAACCCCGAGUCGAAAGGCCAUUUGUUGUUGUUAGGCGCAUGUCUCCAGGCGUUCACUUUACGACUACUGGAGAAAGCGCGUGGAAAUGAGCCAUUCCGCUGGUGA